AUGGAGGGCAUCGAGGAGGAGGGUGAUGAUGGGGGCAGGAAUCACGCAGCAGGACGAGGCAGAGUCAAGCGAGGGAGCAGCAGCAGCACCCGGGGGCAAGGUGAUGGGAGGGAAAAGCAGGAGAAAGAGGAAGAAAAGAAGCGCAAGAAGGUGAAAAUGGAGGGGAUGGAGAAGGUGGGGAAGAAGAAAAUAAAGAAGAAAAAGAUGCUAGAAGAGGAGCGAAAGCUGGACAGGACAGAUGAGGAGGAAGGAGAGAAAGGAGUGGGGGAUGAACUGGAGGAGAGAGAUGGGGUGGGAAAGGAAAGCGAAUAUGGAAAAGGAGUAAAAGAGGAAGAAGAGGAAGAUGAUAAAGGGGAUGAAAGAUGGGGAGAGACUCGGAGCACAGAGAUUGGGCAGGAGAAAAAGCCAAAGAAGGAAAAGAAAGAGAAGGGGAAGAAGACCAAAGAGAAGAGUGAAGAGGAUGAGACCCCACGGAAAACCCGGAAAAGGAAGUCUAAGGACGAACGAGAAGAAAAAAACAACAAAAAGGCUAAAAAGGAGGUGAAAGAGGAAGAAAAGAAAGAAGAGACAGAAAACAAGUGGAAAUGGUGGGAAGAGGAGAAGAAAGAAGAUGGGGUGAAGUGGACCCAGCUGGAGCACCGAGGACCCUACUUUGCCCCCCUCUAUGAGCCACUACCUGAUGAUGUCCAGUUUUAUUAUGAUGGCAAACCCCUGAAACUGAGCCUGGCCACGGAGGAAAUUGCCACCUUCUAUGCCAAAAUGCUUGAUCAUGAAUACACGACCAAGGAGAUCUUCCAGAACAACUUCUUCAAUGACUGGAGGAAGGAGAUGACCUUGAAGGAGCAGGAGAUAAUCAAAGAGCUGGACAAGUGUGACUUCACGGAGAUCCACAAGUACUUCAUGGACAAAAGUGAGGCACGGAAAGCACUCUCCAAAGAGGAGAAGCAGAAACUGAAGGAGGAGGCAGAUAAGAUCCAGGAGGAGUAUGGGUACUGCAUCCUUGAUGGGCACCGGGAGAAGAUAGGCAACUUCAAAACCGAGCCACCGGGGCUGUUCCGUGGACGUGGUGACCACCCCAAAAUGGGCAUGCUGAAGAAGAGGAUCAUGCCAGAAGAUGUUGUCAUUAACUGCAGCAAGGACUCCAAGAUCCCUGUGCCACCAGAAGGACACAAGUGGAAGGAGGUACGCUUUGACAACACGGUGACCUGGCUGGCCUCGUGGACGGAAAACAUCCAGAACACUUUGAAGUACAUCAUGCUGAACCCCAGCUCCAAGCUGAAG